CGCGCGUUCCUAGGGCGCCACCUCUUUGCGACUCGCUCACUUCUCCGGCAGGUUUGCCUGCGAGCGUGUGAACAUUCCUCUGCUCGGCUUUCAACUCUCCUCCAACCUGCGCCGCCCGGCCAGCAUGCCUCCCCGGUCGUGAAGCGGGGCCGCUGCUGCCCUGCCGCUCGCUCAGGCCGCCGCCGCCCCUCCGCGCCGCUGUUAACCCGCCCUCGCCGCCACCUGGCCCUCCUGAUCUAACACGCACUUGAAACUGGUUCCCAGGGUGUGUGGAAUCAACUUUCCGGAAGCAACCAGCCCACCAGAGGAGGUAGACAGACAGCUAGGUCCCCAGAGAGAGAGGAUACGAUGCUGUGGAGGCUGGUUCAGCAGUGGAGCGUCGCGGUGUUCCUGCUGAGCUACUCGGUGCCCUCCUGCGGGCGCUCGGUGGAGGAGCUCGGCCGCCGACUCAAAAGAGCAGUGUCUGAACACCAGCUUCUCCAUGACAAGGGGAAGUCCAUCCAAGAUUUACGGCGACGAUUCUUCCUUCACCAUCUGAUAGCGGAAAUCCACACAGCGGAAAUCCGAGCUACAUCAGAGGUGUCCCCCAACUCCAAGCCUGUUCCCAACACCAAGAACCACCCCGUCCGGUUUGGGUCUGACGAUGAGGGCAGAUACUUGACUCAGGAAACCAACAAGGUGGAGACCUACAAAGAGCAGCCACUGAAGACACCCGGCAAGAAAAAGAAAAGCAAGCCUGGAAAACGCAAGGAGCAGGAAAAGAAGAAGCGCCGAACUCGAUCGGCCUGGCUGAACUCGGGCGUGGCUGGGUGUUGGCUGGAAGGGGACCACCUGUCUGACAUCUCCGCGACAACGCUGGAGCUCAAUUCACGGCGGCAUUGAAAUUUUCAGCAGAAACAUUCAGAAGACAUAUUGCAGGAUUCUGUAAUAAUGAACAUAUGGAAAGUAUUAGAAAUAUUUAUUGUCUGUAAAUACUGUAAAUGCAUUGGAAUAAAACUGUCUCCCCCAUUGCUCUAUGAAACUGCACAUUGGUCAUUGUGAAUAUUUUUUUUUUGCCAAGGCUAAUCCAAUUAUUAUUAUCACAUUUACCAUAAUUUAUUUUGUCAACUGAUGUAUUUAUUUUGUAAAUGUGUCUUGGUGCUGCUGAAUUUCUAUAUUUUUUGUAACAUAAUGCACUUUAGAUAUACAUAUCAAGUAUGUUGAUAAAUGACACAAUAAAGUGUCUCUAUAUUGUGGUUGAUUUUAAUGAAUGCCUAAAUAAUUAUCCAAACUGAUUUUCCUCUGCGCAUGUAAAAAUAGCAGUAUUUUAAAUUUGUAAAGAAUGUCUAAUAAAAUAUAAUCUAAAUUA